AUCAAAAUAAUUUCUUUAAUCUAUUUAAUAAAUAUUUCCACAUUGACUUCUUACUUUCAAUAAGUUCUCAAUUAUCAGAGUUGAGGAACAGGGAAAAUUUAAAUAUGGACUUGUUAAGGAAUCUGUAAUACCUCAAAUUGUGUUGAUCCAAUUUCUUACGAAGCCCUUCUCUUAACUUUCUCUGUAGUUCCAGUUCCGCUCUUAGAGAUUGAAUAUCUGUUUCCCUAUCAAGUCAAUCUUUCUUCUGUCGUUCCAGCUCCGCUCUUAGAAAUGUAAAUCCAUUCAGAGAAAUUUGUAAGAGCGGAGCUGGAACGACAGAAGAUAGAUGAACUUGAUAAGGAAUCAGAUAAUCAAUCUUUGAGAGCGGAGCUGGAAAGACAUGGAAACUUAAUAGACGGACUUUGUAAAAAAUUGAAUCAACUCAAUUUGAGUUAUGGAGUCUACGACGUAAUCCUUCGAUGCAGAGUCUUAAGAUGGCGGUUGGACGAUCAUCCUGAUGCGGAUAGACGGAAGUAUGGACUUCUAUCGGAACUGCGAUGCAUUUCUUCCUGGGAUUGGAUAAGAUCCAUGCACUAACGGCAGGCAGGAGUCAAGAGUUGCUUGUGGUCCUCGAAGAUUUUAAAGGAAAAGAAGCGUUUGAGAAGUAUGAGGAGUUUGCCAUCGGAAACGAGCAUCAACAAUAUGUCCUACUCACUCUGGGCAAAGCCAGUGGAACGGCGGGGUUUUACAUCGUAGACAAGCGGCCGGGAAAUUUUCAACCUAUGAUCGAGAUAAUGAUCUUUGGCCAGGGGAUAACUGCGCCAAAAGAUUCACUGGCGCCUGUUGGUACAAGGAUUGUCAAGACAGCAAUUUGGGCGGAAAAUAUGGUGACAGCUACAUGGGCAAAGGCUUCAAUUGGCUCACUUUUAAGGGCUGGGUGUACUCCCUGAAGAAAGCCGUGAUGAUGAUAAGAUCGAGAAAGUGAUUACUAAGGCUCUACAAUAUUAUAAUAUGUUCCGUCAGAUAGAUUGUAAGUCUUGGAGAUUCCUUAGUGUUUAAUCUAACAUAAAUAUAUGCCGAAAAAUCAAAUAUUUUUAA